AUGCCGAUGUCAAAGAGAGACAAACGGAAAUCGGAGGUGCUGAUAGCUGCGCAAUCGUUAGACCAAGAGGUUAAGCAUGUGAAGAACCUGAAACGCCUUUCAAUAGGAUCCAUGGAUCUACUAAUGGAUCCUGAAUUGGAAUACCGUGUAUCAUCACGACAAGGAACAGGAACAGCAACGGAUCAAGAUACAGGAACGCCCUACAUCGCUACCUCGUCGAUAAAAACUGAAACUACUAAAUCAGAACAAGGGGAACAAGAGUAUGGAAAUGAUGAUAAUCAGGAAACACAAUUGUCUCAUUCAAGUUUGAGUGAGGAUGAUACUACCACUGCUGGGGCAGCAGUUGAAGAAGAGGAUGAUAGUUAUUCUUUUACAGAUGAUAGCAUGGACGUUACAAAUGCCGAGUACUUGGAUAAAGACGCUCAGGCAAAUAUGAUAAAUAAUAAUUAUCGGCAUGAGCCACUUCCAAGGAGGAGAGUACUCAGCGGAUCCAUCUCUAGAUCCAUUUCUGGUACGUCAUCAACAAGUGAUGGGAAUGAUGAAUCAAAACAUAACGAAUCAUUGGGACAGAAUUUAUUAUGGGUAAGGGCAGACCAACAUCCUAAUGUUAAACCUGAGAAUUAUUUAGAACUGGUUCAAAAUACACUAGAGAAUAUGAACCUGGGGGGUCGUUCCCCGACAGCCAAUGAGACUCAAGCUCAAUCGUUGUCUGGUCUGAAGACGUUAAGAAAAAGAUCCAUGCAAUCUGGAAAUUCGCUAGCAAGACGACCAUCGCGACUACGGACAUCAUAUACUGAACUUUCAGAAGAUGAUGAAGACAAGGGAAUGACAGAUCAACCGCUAGCUGCUGCUGCACCUACAAUGUCAUCCAGACGUACAGUAUCAUUAAAGGACAUCACAGAGGAAUUGACAAAGCUUUCUAAUCAGGCGGGACUAACAGAUACAGAUGCAGUCACUCUCGCACGAACACUCUGGGUAGCAGAUGAAUCAACGACAGACUCCACCGGGCAGGGUCUUUCAAAUAACUUAGCUGAUGAAGAGGAGGAGUUUGCAUCUACUAUGUUUACCAAGAGUGGGUUUACUGUACCUGCUAGACACUCAUUAAGGAGGAGUAAAUUCAACACUUACAGAAUCCAAUCUUCAUCGUCAAAAGAAGAAAGGAUAAUUGAGACCAGGUCCCCUUCAGGUAGUAACAAUUCACCUAAUUCUAUCAUCGGACUGUACAACGACGAACCAUUCAACGAAAAGAAACCAAUAGUGCAAGAAUUCUUUUCUACUCUGCCCGCAAGUGAUGAUUUUGAAAGCGAGUCUUCCACCGAAGAUGCCGAAUCGAGUGCAGAUUUUAGCAACGAAGUUUCAAGUGAGCUGGAAACCACCGAUAAACAAAGAAUUAACGAGACUUCUAAAAGUUGGAGGUGGUCUCAAAGUCCCACGACGUCCAAUGAUUAUCAACAAGCUCAAUAUGUACCGAAGGAAAAUAUUGCUCCACUCAAAAUCAACCAUUCAAGAAAUCGUCAUAAUAUUGCUGCUACUAAUUCUGAGCGAAAUACUAGUGAAACUAGUAUCAACACUACAGGUAGCGCUGCUACCGUUGUUACUCAAACAAGCAUUGAUACUUCAUCCAAAGAAACCAGCAACACUCAGGAAAUAAAACCAGAAAAAAGAAGAUCUGCUUCUAUGAAUCUAGACCAUGAUACAACGUCGAUCGAGGUAAAUGACAAGAAGCUGAAAAAGGGUAACCACGGUCAAAAUAAGUUCAUGAAAUUCUUCAAGAAGAGGUCUUCUUCUGCUUCAUCCGGGGGUAAGAUAUUUAAAGAAUCCACUACAGAAAACUUGCCAUCUAUGCCUAUAGAAAGGGAGCUAAAGAAAAAACAAUCUGGCAGCGGUCUUUCCAAUAAAUUCUGGAUAAGCCCCAAGAAGCAGAGUAAGUCCGAAUCAGGUAAAGAGGAGCAACUGAAACAUAAGGAUAGAAUCAAGUUUGAGUACGAAAAGGAAAAAAAACAGAAAGAGAAACGCACAAAGAAAAAGCCAUCACUUCAGCCUGCGGUGACUGUCGUCAAAAGCAAUAGGCAAGUUUCAGGUGAAUUAGGCACUGUGAACUACUACGCUGAUGAUAAAACGAAAGGCAACACCCAUAAUCAACAGAGCUCUUCAUCUUUUUCGAAAUCUAAUUCUAAUAGAACAAGCGAUUAUGAGGAAGAUGACGUUGAAGUAACGGAGUUUUCGGUCCACGAAGAUUCUUUCACCAGUGUCCAUUCGAACAGUAGUGUCAAUACGUUCAAAGAUGCGAUCUUGCAGACAGACCACAGCCAAGAUUCACCAUAUUCAGGGACAUCUUCCACUUCAUCCCCAUCUUCCCCUGCGUCACCUCCUGCACCUAUGCAAAUCCCUAGUGCUUCUACACCACCACCACCAACACAACAACAAGAGCAAGAGCAAGCUCAGGGAACACUUGAAAACCAGUAUCCUUUGCCACCCCGUAAACUGACAUUUGCAGAUGUUUUGAAACCAGAUAGACCAAAUUCCCCAAUGAAGUUUACGGACUCUGCCUUUGGGUUCCCACUACCACCGUUAACAAUUUCCACAGUCAUCAUGUUCGACCACAGACUCCCAAUCCACGUCGAGCGGGCCAUUUAUAGGCUCUCACAUCUCAAGCUAAGCGAUCCUAAACGCGUACUGCGACAACAGGUCCUUUUAUCGAACUUCAUGUAUGCUUACUUGAACCUCGUAAACCAUUCUUUGUAUCUGCAACAAAUAGAAGAAGAACACAUGGGAAACAAUGGAAGCAUGAAUAUGGGUAACAGUAACGCGUUGAUAGACAUCCCUGAUAUGUAG